UUUUUUGGAAUAGAUUUUCUCUCUCUAUUUUGUGGCAGGCUUUUUUUUUGUUGUUCUUUCUUUUUAUUUACUGAUGCUUUUACUGCCUUUGUUUCAGAUGAUGGUUUAAUUGGUUUGUUGAUGUUGGUUUUAUGUUCUCAAAUUAGGGUUAUAGGGUGUGCAUUUAUCAAGGCAAUAAUCUCAUUUUCGGUUUCCAAAUAGGUGACUUUCACAUCCGUAUUUUGCUUGAGUAACACUGGAAGGAUGCCAUCUAAGUACCCAGUUCUUGGCAAUCGGCCACUUGAACAAUGGAAAGUGACAGAAUUGAAAGAUGAACUUCGGAAACGUAAUAUGAUAACUAAGGGCUUAAAGGAGGAUUUACUGAAGCGGUUGUCGGAAGCAAUUCUAAAUGAUGAGAACUGUGUUCAAGAAAAUGUGGGCGAUGGCUUGGAUACUGAAGUUAUUCCUCAGGUUCAGCAAAAUGAUGAGCUGACAGAUUUGGGAAAUGCACCAGUAUAUCGACCAGGUGAAAAUGAAGCUAAAAAGAACACUACUGAGUCCAUCAUAGAUGAUACUGAAACUAAGGAUAAGGAUGCCACAAUGGUUGACAAUGAUAACAGCAAUGCCAUUCCCAAUCAAGGGGUUGAAGCUCAAGAUUGUGAAUUGACUGAUUCUAUGAAAAUUGAGACCUCUGAAUUUAUGGUUACAUUUCCAACGGGUUCUCCAGAAGUCAGCAUUUCGGUGAGUCAUAGCCCUGUUAAACAGAUAGAAUCCGUUGAGAAACAGUCUAGUCAUGAAAGUCUGAAAGAAGACGAAGCAUCAAAGAGUCCCGACAAAAGCGAGGAGCCCAACCUUGUAAACCUGAUAGGGUCCAUGGACAAACAGUGUAAGCAUGAACCUGUGAUAGAAGAUGAGGCAUCCAGGUGUCCUAUCAAAAGCGAGGAGCCCAACCUUUGCAACCCAAAUUCUCAGGUAUCUGUGAAGGGUCCCUACAAAAGCGAGGAGCCCAACCUUGUAAACCAGAUAGAGUCCAUUGACAAACAGUGUAAGCAUGAACCUGUGAUAGAAGAUGAGGCAUUCUGGAGUCCUAUCAAAAGCGAGGAGCCCAACCCUUUCAACCCAAAUUCUCAGGUAUCUGGAAAGGUCAGCCCUAUUUCAGGGGUUCUGCUAAAGUGUGAUUCUGUUUCUAGCGAUUCUGUGUCAAUUAAUGAAAAUGAAAAGAAUGAACUAAAGGAUAAUUUGAAUGCUGAUAAUUUACAUUUAGAAUUAGAAGCUAGUAAUCCAGAGGGGGCCUACCAAUCAUCCACUGAAGUACCUCCAGUUGGUGGUUCUUUGGAUGGUCAAGAGCCAGGUGUGUAUCAGAGCUCUAUGGAGAUUGAUGAGGCCCUUGCUGCUAGUACCCAUGCAGACCUUAUCAAGAAAGUUGAUAGUGCAGAUGGUGGUUCUUCUGAAAAACUGAAUUUAGAUAGAAGUUCGGGGGAUGAAUCACUGGAGGAUGAUGGAUUAGAGAGUAAACAAAGUGAUGUUAUUCAAAAUACUGUUGAAGUCAGAGACAAGGAUGAAGUAUCAAAAUUGUGUCCAAUAAAAGAGGACAUUGCUGCUGUUGCUGCUGUGGCUGAUUCCUCUCCAAAUGAGAAGAAUGUUAUUGUAGACAGAAGCAAUGACUCAGUGAAUAUUGGGGAGAAAAGAAAAAUUGAAGGUGAUCAGGAGGCACCCAGGGUCAAGGACCCUUCAAAGAGGCAAUGUCGGUGGAACUCGGAGCCACUUAGGGUAUCCGAAUCUCAAAAUUCUCUUCGUUCUGCUCCUCCCCUUAGUAAUUCUUUUUCUGUGCCUAGAGAUAGAUUUUCAUCCUUGCCUAAGACCACGCUCACUAAUCCCGACUCUCCCAAUAAUGGAGGUGCCCCCAAAGAGCGCAUUGUUCCUCCAUCGGAAAAGCCUGCAACUACUUCUUUGAGGAUUGACCAAUUCCUGCGUCCAUUCACUCUAAAAGCUGUUCAAGAGCUUCUGGCAAAAACUGGGACUGUCUCCAAAUUCUGGAUGGACCACAUCAAGACCCACUGUUAUGUCACUUAUUCAUCAGAGGAUGAAGCAAUGGCAACUCGAAAUGCUCUCUACAAUCUACAGUGGCCUUCUAAUGGUGGCCGCUGCCUUACAGCUGAGUUUGUUGAUCCUGAAGAGGUUAAGGUCAAACUUGAAGCUCCCUUAUCUUCACCUGCUACUACAACACCAAAUUCUAACAAACAGAACUCACGUCAACAACCUCCAAACAAUGCCACUCCCUUGCCUUCUCAGCCUUCUCUCUCUAAACAACCACCCCUAGCCAGAGAGACACUGGCUCCACCUCCUCCCCCUUCUAAGAAACCAGCACCACCUAUUCUCACACUCGACGAUCUCUUCAUGAAAACAAGAGCGAGCCCGCGCAUCUAUUUCCUCCCCUUGUCAGAAGAACAGGUUGCUGCUAAACUAGCUGCACGGGAAAGGCGCCGGAGGGUGUAGAAAACUCUCUUUAAUUUGCUAUAUAUAGUAGCUGAGCAGUGGUUGCUCUUUUGCAGGCCUCUCUCUCUCUCUCUAAGUUGCCAUUCUUAGUAAGGAGCCUGUUUCUGGUAGUGGUUGCUCUUUUGCAUGCUGCUCUCUCUCUCUCUCUCUCUAUUGUGGUUAGCUUGUUCCUUUUAGCGGGUGUUGUUUUGCAGGCUGGAGAUGCACCAUCUCGAAGGGAUGUUACUUUUGUGAACUCCGUUUCUCUUUUAUGGAUGUCACAUGGAUGGGAAAUGACAGUUAGAGAUACGAUCUAUGCUUGGUCUGUACAGCGAUGAGAUUCCUUAUUGUUUUAACCUUGUAUUUAGGGUCUAGAGUAGAGAGCACCAUCUUUGUUAUACCUCAAGAAGUUUGUCUUUGCCGUUCUGACCAGGCUUGUUUCCAUUACUCUACUAAGAGAUUAGGAGCUUUAAUGUGGAAGACCUUUGGGUUUUUGUAUGUGGUUGACUAUGGAACUUGUAGUUUGGAGUAAAUGAUGUCAUCUUAUGUUGCAGGUUUAA